AUGGAAUCAAGAAACAAUGAACAACGCACUCCGGAGAGUGAGGUUAGGAGAGCUCUCAAUAAAAAGGCGGCCAAAGAAUAUCAGGUCCCAUACGGGACAUUACGGGACAAAGUAGCCGGAAGGACACCAGCAGAGGUUUUACGGUAUGGUCCUCGCCCAUUUCUCACAACGAACGAGGAAACAGAGAUAGUCAACUGGGCAGUAAAGAUGGGACGUGUUGGCUUCGGUCAGAAAAUGGAAGACAUCCAGAACGUUGUGAAGAGAAUGAUGGAAAAGGAGAAACGGACGAACCCUUUCGUGGCCAAUAGACCGGGCAGACGGUGGUGGACAAGUUUCCGCGCCCGGAACCCGAAGCUGGUGUUCCGCAAGGCCCAAUCAGUUGGCAAAGAAAGAACAGCCGUGACAAAAAACAGGAUAGAUAGAUGGUUUGAAGACCUGGAGAAAUACUUGGAGGAACAUAAUGCCCGGAGCAUUCUGGAGGAACCAAGCAGGAUCUUUAACGCAGAUGAGUCCGGCUUUCCGCUUGGAGGACGUUUGAAUGACAGAGUACUCGCACUGAAGGGGGAAAAAGUCGUGCAGCAGUUUAAAAACUCUGAAAAAGGACAGGUGACGGUGUUGGUAACUGUUUGCGCGGAGGGCAGCUUUUUGCCACCCAUGAUAGUGUUGCCAGGGAGGCAUAAUGGAGCAGCUUACAAAGGUGCGCCAAGGAGUGCUUUCUUUGCUCGAACCAAAAACGGCUGGAUGGACAGCAAGGCCUUUUACGGCUUUAUUGCUAACCUAUUCCAGCCAUUUUUGGCUCAAAAGAAAGUGCCCCUUCCUGCGCUCUUGCUCGUGGAUGGUCUUUCCGCGCAUCAGACGUUGGAGGUGGCGAAGCUUUGCGAAGGGAAUGGUAUACUCUUGUAUCGAUUCCCUCCCAAUGCGACGCACAUUCUCCAACCGUGUGAUGUGUCGGUAUUUAGAUCCCUGAAGUCAUCCUGGAACAGGGCCGAGCAGCUGUUCCGUUUCCGCCACCCUGGCGACUACGUCACGAAAACCACCUUUGCGACAGUUUUCGCUGACGCUUGGCGAGAAAUUCUGCAAAAGCCGAGCAUUGCUGCGUCAGGAUUUCGAGCAGCAGGGAUUUUCCCAUUUACGAAGCGGUAUAAUUCUGCCUUACUUAGAACAGCAGAAUUAUACCACUUCGUCGAUACCCCUCAAGAAGGGAUCACUCCAGUGAAUGACGCGUUCAUUCCGGAGAGUGACGAUAUGAGGUCUUCUCAACCAGAUGAGCCAGAAGAUGACAUUCCAUCAUCAUCUUCUGCUCAUCUGGGACAUGGAGGGGACAUGGUCAUGGAUCCUUACAGGAUCCAUGACCUUCCUCCAUGUCAUGAAAGACCUCUAAACGAGGCAUUCAUCGCUCCAUCUCUCGAUGAAUGCCUCGUUUACCCAGAAAUCGAGGUUUCUAAUCAGCGGAGGCGUAAGGAACAAUUGCCAGAGGCAAUUUCAGGAGAAGAAUUCAUUAGGUUUGUGACAGAGAGAGAGAAUAAGAGAGAGGAAGAGGAGAGGAAAAGACAGAGAAAGGAGGAGAGAGAACAAAAGAGAGUGGAAAAAGAGAAGCAAAAAGAAGUACAAAAGGAACAGAGAGAAAGACGGAAACAGGAGCUUGAAAAGAAAAAGAUGGAUCGUGAGAUAAGAGUGAGAGAGAAGUUGAAGCAAAUGAAUGAAAUGAGAAGUAAGAAAGAUAGACAGGAGAAAGAGAAAGAGGCAGAGAAAACGUCAGAGAAUGGGAAGACAAAAAACAAGAAGAUAGGUGGGAAGAGUAAGGAGAAGAGUAUAAGAGUGGACGAUGACACAGAAGAUGAUGUAUAUGUAUGCCCUGAAUGUUUGACAAGUAACGAUAUUCAGUGGAUUGGUUGCGACUUUUGUAUGGUGUGGGUCCACCACAAAUGUUCCACCCUUUCUGAGUGUCCUAUUGAGGAAAUUCAUAAAUACCAAUUUAGAUGCAAUUUCUGUUAA